UGCACAGUCUUUGGAAUGUGGGCCUCUCUUUUGCCACUUCUGCUUACUCCUUCUGCUUUCAAAUUUGGUGCUGUGAGACGUCUUUCCUGUCAGCGGAACAGGUUCUGGAGGGGAGUAGGCGCGUCAGUUGGGCUGGCACACGGACGUGCAGAGGACAAGCUUGUCAAGCAAUGCUGCAAUGGAAGUGGUGUGAAAGUUGCUCCGAUCCUUAAGAGGAGCUUGUUGCUUGCAAUACUCUUGAAAAGCAAUCGUGAAUGCCGAUGAUCUGACAUUUUGCACUUUCUCUGCAACAUCAGCCCGUGUAGUUGCUGGUGGUAGAACAGACAGGAAGAGAUCCGAUCUUCUUGAGAUCAGCACGAAAGAACAAAGUGUGUUCACAGCUCACAAACAAUCAAGAGUCAUGACAAGCAGAGACCUCCUGGGUGUGACAAAUGCACCGCCGGGGGUUUUGCUGCUGGCGCAGCAGACGGCAGAGGACCGCGCCCGUCCAAACAUUGGACCAGUGGCUGAGAGCAGCAUUCUGUCCCGCCUAAAGAACUUCCUUCCGGAGAUGGCGCAAGCGAAUGCGAAGCUGGAAGAUGAAAUGAAGGACAAGCCGAGGGAAUCGUUUGACAUCGAGGCAGACGCGGGAGAAAAUGACGAGCCUCACAUAGAGAUGGACUUGGCUCUGGGAGUGGCUGAGCUGAAGACACCUGAAGCGCUUGCUGCUGCGGAGCGGGCAAUGAACGGGCAGAGCUGUGGUCCGAGCGACAGGCACGAAGCGAACGACGAGGACGAGAGCAGCGAAGAAGAAGGAAAGGAAGGAACGGAGGAGGAUUCGUUGGGUUCUGUGAAGAGUGCUGGUCAAACGCGGCAAUCGGAGCCAGAGUCGAAAGGCCGUCAAUCAAAAAAGCGGUCGAGGAUACAAGAAUUAGGGUAAAGGUGGAAAAGCAAAAGACGUAAAGGUAGGAUCGAGAGCUCAGGAAAUAAGGCGUCGCCUUUCAAAAUCUGCGAUAGAAAACCCGGCGGAGGGGCUUGAUUGAACUCAGUUCCCGCACGUCAAGUCAACAAUUUACGUCGUUUUACUUUGGAGGUCUGAAAGCAGAGCAUAGUUGCUGCGCUGUCAGCCAGGCACUUGCUGCAGCAUUUGGUGAUUUCGUU